AAAAAGAGACAGACAACCAAACACUGCCUUGUCACAUCUCUCUUUCUCUCUCUUGCUUUGUUUUUCCGAGAGAGUACGAGUAAGUCCAUUUCCCAUGUGCCCACUGUGUCUUCUCUCCUUACACGCCACCAUCUCCUCCUCCUCCGUUCUCCAAUUCCCAAUUCUCCUCCAAUCCUAGGGUUAGGGUUUCCACGAUUCCUCCACCUUCCAAUCUUUUUCUUAAACCUCAGAUCUUUCCAUUUCUGGAUUCCUCUGUCUUGAUUUCCUUUUGUUGAGCUGAGAAAUUGUUUUUUGGCUUCACGAAGAGCCGAUGCCGGAAAUCGAUCUUAUGAGAGUCGAUCAAUGUGUUUCCGAUGUUAAAUUGGAUUCUUCUUCUUCUCCUAUUGAACCUCCUGGAUUCUUCGAUGGUGGUGGUUCUGUAGAUGUCGAUUUGAAGUUAGAUGAACAAGAUUCCGAUUGUUUGAAGAAGAGAGGUAGACGUGGCCGUCCACCGAGAACUUUGUGUAAAGCUUCUUCUCCUCCGAUUUCGAGGAAGAGAAGAGAAGAUGAAGAUGUUUGUUUUGUAUGCUUUGAUGGUGGUAGUCUUGUACUUUGCGAUCGUAGGGGAUGUCCAAAAGCGUAUCAUCCAGCUUGUGUUAAGCGUACUGAAGCAUUCUUCAGAUCAAGAUCUAAAUGGAAUUGUGGUUGGCAUAUAUGUACUACUUGUCAGAAGGAUUCCUUCUACAUGUGUUAUACUUGUCCUUAUUCAGUUUGUAAGAGAUGUGUUAGAAGCUCGGAGUAUGUUGUUGUUAGGGAAAACAAAGGAUUCUGUGGAAUUUGCAUGAAGACUAUAAUGCUUAUUGAGAAUGCAGCUGAAGCUAACAAAGAAAAGGUUCAGGUUGAUUUUGAUGAUCAAGGCAGCUGGGAGUAUCUGUUUAAGAUCUACUGGGUUUCUCUUAAAGAAAAGCUAGGUUUAUCGUUAGAUGAUCUUACGAAAGCAAGAAAUCCAUGGAAAUCGUCUUCGUCGACUGUUUCCAAGCGAAGAACUACUAGUCGGGUUCAUGAAAUGGAUGAUGGAAAUUCUCCUGGAGUUAUGAAAGUACGUCGCGCUAAAGUAAGGAAAAUGGAAGCUGUUUCUGUUAGUAAUUUGGGUCCUUCUAUGGAUUCAAACAGUUCUUUGGGUGACAGACUUCCACCAUUGACUAGUGCUGCUACUUGGGCAACAGAUGAGCUCUUGGACUUUGUUGGGUAUAUGAAAAACGGUGAUAUUUCUGUCUUAUCAAAGUAUGAUGUCCAAACUCUCGUUCUAGAGUAUGUGAGACGGAAUAAUCUACAAAACUCUCCUCAGAAUUCCGAAAUAAUGUGUGACACUAAGCUUAUGAGAUUGUUUGGAAAAGAGCGAGUGGACAACUUGGAAAUGUUAAAGCUUCUUGAUUCUCACUUCAUCGAUCAAGUGAGGUCUCCAGUCACAGAUAACUCAGCCGGAGGAGUCACUGAAACUAUGUCUUUCCAGAUCAAUGCGAGCAAAAGCUGUAAUAGGCUUAAUACAUCUGAACAGCAUCAAGAAGGAGAGUCGCAGCAAUUGAACGGGCACAGUAUUCAAGUUAGACCUUCCAGUUCUGAUAGCAGAAACCAUGCCGUGGUAAAACCUGACACAUGUGCCACUCUGUCCAAUAAGCCAAUCGAUGGCUUGGAUACGAAUAUGGUGUGGUUAUAUGGGGAUCCAGAUGGGAAGAUUCAUGGACCAUUUUCCUUAUAUAACCUGCGACAAUGGAAUUCGAGCGGGCAUUUCCCUCCGGAGCUGAGAAUAUGGAGGUUGGGUGAACAGCAAAACAGCUCCAUACUUUUGACCGACGCAUUAAAUGGGCAGUUCCAUAAAACAGGGUUAUUACAGAAUCGUUCGAUCCCCAAGCAGGAUGUGACAGCUACUAUAGCUAACGAUCAAAACAGGCCUGUGGCUGUUCCUAAAAUAGAGAGUAGAAUACUUGACUUCAGCCCCAACUCAGUGUGCACUGACCAGAGUGUCAUUUCUAGCAGUAACAGUGUCAUCACAAGGAGCUCGGAUGUGAGUAACAAAAGCGGAAACAAUUUUAACCGCACCGUGCCAUUAGAUUUUUCUCUUUCUAAUGAAAGGGAUACUGUGGGUUCUGUCUCUCUCUGGAACAAAAGAAAAGUUGAAAGUCCUUUGCUUGUACAAAGCCCAAUAAGCUGUUCACUUUCGCUUGCUACAUUACCCAGAAACUCAAACUGCUCUCUGCCACCACAUGAAAGAUGGAAGGCUGGUCAAACAGAUCCGGAUGGAAACAAUGCAGCAAUGAAUGCUUACAAUCAAAACGGUAGUCUUAACGGCACAGCUGAGAAACAAGUCACGGCUACAGUCCAGUCUUGCGGACAGAAUUGGAAUGCUGCAACUCCAAGCAGUGCUUCGAAUAUGUGGGAUUCUAACUCGGGUUUGACAUCUUUCCCAGACAAUCAAGAAAUAGACUUUUUAGAUCUCUUUAGUCCAACUUUCAAAUUCAACUUUGCAUCUACUACCACGGAUUGGCAACCCAUUGUGGCUGGACCUGACGAAUGUGACGAAUCAGUCUCGGAUCUUUUGGCAGAAGUGGAAGCCAUGGAGUCCCAAAAACGUCUUCCUUCUCCAACUUCAACAUUCCGUGGUCCUGAAGAAUUAUUGAUCCGGCACUCUAUAAACGAUAGCUUCAGUCCCGCUGAAGGACAUAGCCCAGCACUAGAUGUAAGCAAAGGUGACUCCAUGAGCUCCACAAACGAUCUGCAAAUGCAUUCACGAUCUAACAACACCGUGCAUUUUUAGUCGUGGGCUCGGUUCACUUAGAGAGAAAUCAUAGCCAGGGCACAGGCUACCAUAGAUCAUCCAAUGUCCUAGAUUCGUCUGAUCGAUGGUGGACUAUGCCCUCUUUUUUCUCUUUUUUUUGCAGGAUUAUUACAGAACAUAAAUAAAUGGCAGAAUCAUCAGCAAAAAUGAAAAAAAAAAAAAAAAGAGUGGUGCAUAUGAAGAAGAUAUAUGAUCAAAUGUUUCUUCGCGGUAUUUUUGACUGCACCUAUUGUUUUUUUUUUCAGUAUUUAGGUUUUGUAACGUUGUCCUGUGUUAAGAUUUGCACAGACAGAUCCAACUUGUGUAUUUUUACAUUGUUUGUACUUAGGAAGAAGUAUAAAAGAUGGAAGAAAUCGUUGUCGAUGAAUGUAAUCAAAACAUUUGUAGGGAUCAUCAUCUUAUUAUUCUAUAUAUAUGAUAAUGAUAGUGUAACGUUUCAUUCUUA